AUGAAUACAAUUAAGUCAAAAGCAGAAACUCAUCUAAGUAACAUAAAAUCUCGUACUGAAGAACACCUUCACAAUGUUCUUUCAGCAAAAUCAGAUAUCAGACAAAUUCAUCCAGAUGAAGCAGCGGAUGAUGUGGAAUUAUUAGCUCAAAUUGGUUAUAAGCAAGAGCUUAGACGUCACUACAGUACCAUCCAAGUCUUUGGUAUUGCAUUCUCCAUUAUGGGUUUAUUACCUAGUAUUGCAUCUACGCUUUCCAUUGGUUUAGAGGCUGGUCCUGCUGGUUUGGUCUGGGGUUGGUUUUUGGCAAGUGUUUUUAUCUUCUGUAUUGGGGUUUCCAUGUCAUUUUUAGGUAGUGCUAUUCCAACCAGUGGUGGAUUAUUUUACUAUUCAAAUUAUUAUGCACCUGAAAGUAUCAGAGUUCCACUCAGUUUCUUGAUCGGUUGUUCAAAUUCUUUGGGGUUGAUUGGUGGGUUGUGUAGUAUCAGUUAUGGGUUUGCUGUAGAAAUUUUAUCAGCUGUCUUUAUUCAACGUGACGGGGAUUUCGAAAUCACAGAUGGGAAAUGUUAUGGAAUCUUUGCUGCUUGUAUUGUAUCCAAUGUUGUUAUUUCAUGCUUGACUACCAAACAUGCAGCCACCUUACAAACUAUCUCAAUUGUGGUAAAUGUUUUCUUGGUUGCCUUGUUCCUUAUUGCCGUUCCUGUUGGUUUCAGACAUAACAGUUUUAACUCUGCAGAAUAUAUUUUCACAAAUUUUGAAAACUCCAGAACUUCAUACAGCACAGCUUGGUCAUUUGCUUUAAGUUGGAUGCCCGCAAUUUGGACCAUUGGUGCCUUUGACUCUGCUAUCCAUUGUUCUGAGGAAGCUAAAAAUGCACAAAAAUCUAUCCCUUGGGGUAUUUUAGGUUCAAUCAGUGCAUGCUGGUUCCUUGGAUGGUUCAUUGUCAUAGUUUGCGCUGCAUGUAUCAAGGAUGGUGAUCUUGCAAGUGUUCUUGACUCCCCCACUGGUUCUCCAAUGGCACAAAUUAUUUAUGAUGCUUUAGGAAAACAAUGGGCCGUUGCGUUUAUGGCACUUAUUGCUGUCGGCCAGUACUUAAUGUCCGUAUCCAUUUUAAUUGCCGCUUCAAGACAAAUCUGGUCCUUUGCUAGAGAUGAUGGUUUGCCUGUCGUAUAUAAGUUUGUCAAGUAUGUUAAUCCAAAGAUCCAAGUUCCGGUCAGAGCCACAAUUUUUGGAGGUGUGAUUGGUCUUUUGUUAGGAUUAUUGGUAUUUGUCGGUCCAGCAGGAGCAAAUGCAUUGUUCUCAUUAGCUGUUGCUUCAAACUAUUUAUCUUGGGGUACUCCUGUCUUGUUAGUUUUAUUGCCAGUAGGAAGAAAAAGAUUUAUUAGUGGUCCUUUCCACUUUGGGAAGAUGUUAAGUAACAUUAUUAACUUUGCAACCGUUUGUUGGAUCUUGUAUGUUAUUGUUUUAUGUAUGUUCCCAGAUUCCAAGAAUGUUGAUAAAGAAACAAUGAAUUAUACAGUCGUCAUUAAUGUUGGUAUUUGGCUCCUUUCAUUAUUUUAUUAUUUCGUUUGGGGAUAUCGAUCAUAUACCGGUCCAAGAUCAAAUUUGGACGAACAGUACUUUGAAGGUGCAAGUCUCCAUGAAGGUAUCGAUGAAAUCUUAGAAGAGAAGGCAAGUAAGUGA